GUUUAUCGGACACUCGGCAACCCGACCCACUCCAGCUUGUACCCUGAUAACAUCUUGCCGUUUGGAGAUAAGUUAUCGCUGUGGCAACGGGUCGCUAGCUUCGUGUUCGAGUACGGAAUUGUGGCGUACUUGGGCGAUUUGGUUCAAAACGAUCAAAAGAUCGUUGCGAAACACUUCGGGGAUGAUUACCCUCCUCUCGGAGAAAUCGCAAACAAUAUCAGUAUGCUGUUCGUUAACGCCGACCCCAUCUUCCACCAUAAUCGGCCCUUGGUGCCCACGGUCGUGCAAAUCGGCAGCGGAUCCCAUAGAAGUACACCCAGACCCUUACCCAAGAAGCUCCAAUCGACGCUCGACCAUGCCAGCGACGGAUUCAUCUACUUUAGCCUGGGAUCGAAUAUGAAGAGCGAAUUUUUACCCGCGAACACCAUGGAAGUGCUCCUGUCGGUGUUUGCCGAACUACCCUACACUGUCCUGUGGAAGUUCGGGGAGGAAAUCGCGAACAAGUCCGACAACGUCAUUGUUGCCAAAUGGCUUCCUCAGGAGGACGUGCUCAGGCACCCAAAUUGCAAGCUGUUCAUAACACAAUGCGGUCUGCAGUCGAUGGACGAGGCGAUCUACUCGCACGUGCCGAUGGUCGGCAUGCCAGUCUUUGGUGAUCAAUUCUUCAACGCCAAAAAGAUAGUGAACAAAGGUCUCGGUUUGGAACUUGACUACCAACGCUUGGAAAGGGAACACUUCAAGAAAACCGUGCUAGAGGUCAUCACCAAUCCACGGUAUCGCAGUACAGUGAAGCAGCUGGCCGAAUUGGCGCAGGACCAGCCGAUGACCGGCACUGAAAAGGCGGUCUGGUGGACGGAGUACGUCAUACGUCACAAGGGAGCGAGACACCUAAGGAGUCCGCUCCUGGACAUACCUUGGUAUCAAUACCUCCUCCUGGACGUCAUUGGAGUGCUGCUCUUCGGAGUGUCGGUCACAUUGUACUCGAUGGUUGUCUUCGUCCGAUGGCUCAUUCGACUUAUCAGGCGGAGAUUUUACGCCAUUUCCGUUAAGAAGAAAUCCUCAUAGGUUAAGUCAUGUAGUUGUAAUCAAUAAA